AUGUCCCAAGAUGAAUUAAAUGAUUUAAUUGAUGUUGAAGAUGAGAUUCAAGAUUGGAAAAAUCUCGGUAUGCCAAAAAGAGGAACUAAAGAAUUUGAACCUGAUGGUACUACAUUCCAAUUGAACAGUCUUGAAGAUUCAAGAAAUGCAAUGUUUAAUGCCCUUGGUGCUAAUAGACAACAUCAUAUAAAGAAUACACUUGUUGGUAUAUGGAAAGAUGAUUCAAACUCAUGUUUGGUACCUAACGCAAAAGGAAAUUAUUUUAAAGAUGUGGGGAAAUAUAACAAAUUGUAUAAUUGUAUUGAAUUAAAUCCAAUAGAAACUAUUUAUCUUGUUGAAAGAGGAAGUAUGGUGAUUUAUUUAAGUGAUGAUGAGUUUAUGGAUUGGUUGAAAGAUAGAAAUAUGGAGUUUGAUUAUGAGACUAAUUUGGUGGCUUUGGAUUUAGAAUAUUUAUAUGCUUUAUCAAAUGUUAAUUUUGCAAAAUAUCAAAUUUAUGCAUAUUUGAAAAGAUUAGGGUAUAUAAUACAGGAAAGAGAAGAAAUAGAGCAAGAGCAAGAGCAAGAACAAGAACAAUCAGAAGAACAUAAACAAGAUAAAUCGUUUACUAUACUUCCUCGAGUUUGGGGAAUACUAUCAUAUCCAGUUUUACAUUCACUUCAAUUCAAGAAAGUUCACUAUUUCAGAUACACAGACGUCUACAAAUCAAUUCAAUUGAAUAUACCAAAAAUACCGAAAAAGGAACCAUCAUCACCAUUUCAUUUAACUUUCAAUGUAUGGAAACCAACACCAAAUUUUUCUAAAAAAUCCCCACCACUUCCCGAUUUUCAAGUAUCUGUAAUUGAUACUUCAAAGAAUACAGAUUUUCUCAAAUUCAGUCAAAUACAACAACUUUUAUUUGAAAAAACAACAAGUUUACAAUAUGAACUAAAAGUUAAAGAAUCAAUUAAGAAAAAACCAAAGAUGGAAUCAAAAAAAGAAGUAAGAGCUAAAAAACAAGCAGAAAGACAAUCUAAAUUGAAUGAGUCAACUAGAUUAAGAAAUGAAUAUUUGAAGACAAGAGAUGAGGUAAUAAAAAAUGGACAUGGAAAUAUCGUACUUGCUGUAAUCAAUAAUGGGAUUAUAAAUUUUAUUCAACUUGGUAUUGGCAAUUUCAACAUGAGUCAGAAAACUGAACAAGUUAAUAGAUUGGAAGAGAUUUAUCCAGGUAGACAUCAUGAACUAAUUUAUAAUGAACCUGUUUACUAA